UGGUCCGGCUUUCCUACGUCUCUCCGUGGCGGAGGCGGGCCUGCUUUAGCCGUGGAAGGGCGUUUGUUUUUCGGCAGGGUAACGCAGUUAGGGAGGGGUGGGACUUUUUUUUCGAGUCGAAGAAAGCCCACCUUUUCUUUCUCAUUGUCUAGAGCUGUGAGGAAUGUGCCGGUCUGAGAGAGAGAGAAAGAAAGAAAAGCGUGCUGGAGUUACCUCCCUUUCAUUCGCCAGAUUUUAAUGGGAAUUAUAUCUUCGCACACGUGUCGAGGUGAGUGGAAAGGAGUCCAUAUGGUUUCCUUUCUUUUUCACUUGUUUGCGCGGUGAUCCUGGUGUCUGAAACAGACCUCUUCCCAGGUCUCAACUCCACCGCUGCGAUUUUCACAUCAUCCAGAAUAAUGAUCUGAAGGACCCGAGCUCCGGUAAACCAACUUCAGAGCAAGGUGCCUCACAGACUCCUCUCCCCUGCGCCCCACAGCUUUAAGCAUUACACCAAUUUUCGUAUUUUCGCAGCUGUGAAUGACAUCAACCCCCCCAACCAAAAAAAGCACCUAAGGACAAAAAACUAAUUCGGCUCCCCAACUCGGCUCCCACCUAUGAGCCGGCUCCCGUCGUUCACUUCAAAGAGCUGGCUCUUUGAACCGGAUCGUUCGCAACCGACACAUCACUACCGGUUUCCUACUGACCCAGACAAGAGGGCCAAAUGGAUUGCAGCUGUGAAGAGACAGGAUUGGGAGCCAACAGAGUACUCCAGACUUUGCAGUGAUCAUUUCAUUUCAGAUUCUCUGCAGAAGAGGAGAGACGCGCAAAAUGGGUGUCCGCUGUGCGAAGAGAAAACUGGAACCCCAGUUUUACCAGCCGAAUUUGUAGCGAACACUUCAUAUCAGGUGAUUUAUCGCCACAGUAUACUUGUGAGAAUCGAGCAACAGGGAAGUUGGACUAACCAGAAUAUCAAGCAGCAGUGGGGUUAAGGUGUGAACUCCUCAGAGUUUGAGGGCAAUAAUUUCCCAUCCUUCCUCUGUAAGCUUUCUUGAGCAAUAAGACUCAACUACACAAAUGUGUACCCUUCCCCAAAGGCAGCAUAUAAAUCUUACAGUAGCUUAGUAUCUGAUAACAGUAUGACUGAGUUCAAAGACACAACCAACCGCCAACUCCGGCACAAACUUCAGAGUCUAGGGCGGCGUCUGGAUGAGCUUGAGGAGGCCACAAGUAAGCUCCAAAAGGCUGAGGAUGAGCUUCUGGACCUUCAAGACAAAAUCAUCCAAGCUGAGGGAAGUAACUCCUCCUUGCUUGGUGAUGUUGAAGCACUUCGAAAAAGAGUUCUUAAAAUUGAGGGGAAGGAUGAGGAGGUGAGAAAAGCAGAAGAUCUUUGCCGAUUGAUAAAGGAGAAGCUAGAAGAAGAAGAGAAUCUAACUCGGGAGCUUAAAGCAGAGAUUGAGCAUCUUCAGCUCAGAAUGACUGAACUAGAGAAGUUAGAGGAGGCAUUUGGGAAGAGCAAAUCAGACUGCACACAACUUUGUCUGAGCCUUAAUGAAGAAAAGAAUCUUACUAAGAAGCUCUCAGCUGAGCUAGAGGCCCUGAAAGCCAGAGUAAAGGAAGUGGAUUCCUCUGAGGCAUCUCUGAACCGGGCAGAGCAGGCCCUAGCCACAGAGAUGGAGAAACUUAAAAGCCUCACUCAGACAUUUGUUGUUGAGCGCAAAAAGCUCCUGGAAAAACAGAGAGAAGAUGAGAAAAUUAUUCUCAAAUUAACUGAAAAGCUUGAACAUCAGAAGAGCAAAGUAGGUUCUUUAGACCUUAGCUUCAGUGAGUCCCAUGAUCUUCUUAUUGAGGAUGACCUCUCAGCAGGCCUUAGUAGCAAACUGGCACGAAAGAAGAAGCUCUCACACGAUGUAGGCUUGAGAAACAAAUCGGAGAAUGAGAAAAACAGCCUGGAAGGGCAGGAGGACAACAAAAUCAAAGAACUUACACAAGAAGUAGAGACUCUAAAGAGCCGUCUGAAGCAGCUGGAGAUGGUAGGAGAGGACCUGAAAAACACAGAAUCAAAAAAUGCAGAACUAGUUGAAAAGUUUCGGCAAGAGAGGAGUCAUAAUCAAGUGCUGAGUGACCAACUCGAGCAGCUGAAGAUUCAGCUUUUUAGCAGUAAGAGUAGCAAUGGAAGCCUGGUUGUUUGCAGUACAACAAAUGUUCUUGAGAAUGGCAAAGCUGAAACUGAGGAGAUCAACAUACGGGGAGGCUUUAAGCAGGAGAAGAAGGGUAAGAUUUUGGCUGGCAUUGAUGCAGUUAACCCAAAGUAUAAAAAAAGGGACAAUUCACCGCAGCAACUGAAACUUAAGAGUAAAGAGCUCAGCCAGUCAACAGAAAAAUCCCCUACACGGAGGGCCCUAAGUCCUGCCCACAGGCCCAAGAAAACUGGGUUAAAAACUGGGUCUUCAAAUACUGCUGAUAGUGGGCUAAAAGAUGUCAAAAAUGUUGAGGAGAAAUUUGGAAGUGCCAUUCAGGCAACAUCCAUUACAUCAAGUGAUAAAAAAGUUUCUGUACUUAGCCGAUAUCCUCCUGCUGCCAGUGACCAAAAGCCUGGGAAGGUAUCAGUUAAACCAGGUAAUACUGAAGGCAAGAAAACAAGUAGACUUGUGUCUCCACCAGAAAAAGGCAGAGUAACUGAAAUGGAGCCAUCAGGUACUCCACAGGAGGUAACUACAGUGUUAAGUCUUUCCCAGGCAAAUGGAUCUUAUACUGCAUACAGAUCCCAUGUAACAUCAUCUGGGUUAAUUGAUCAUGGAUCUGAAGGUCACUCAUCCUUUGAAACAGAAUCUGUUGGAUCAAAGCACUCAGUGGGUGAGCAAGACACUGCUGCUGUAAUAUCUGUUUUAAGUAGCAGAACAACAGAUUCUAAGUAUCCAAGGUACACAAGAUUGCAGGAUUCUCACUCGGUUGGAUCUUCAACAAGGAGCUCUUAUGAUGAGGAGCAGCACAGGGCCCUAAUGAUGGAAGGUGGAUCUCAGGAACCUUUUAAGACAUCCACCGGAAUUGAAAUCCAACGUGUGUGCAGCCCACGUGAGGCUCUGUGCUCUAAGGUACUCAUCAAGCCAGCCAUCGCAGAGUAUGACAGGAAGGAAAUGAUGUCAGGAGGGAGCAUAGAACCAACACGUACCAAUGAGAAACCAAAAAUAGCCACCAAGCCUAACAAGAUGACCAGCAGCAUUACUUUCUAUCCCAAUGACCCCAGCUCUUCUCGAACCAGCAGUCGAAGCAGCAGUGUUUCAAGUGAACCACCAUCUAAGGAGCGACACACUUCCACCAGCAACAUUGUCAUUGGGUCAAACACUGAGCUCAGAGGCAGCAUCACUAUCCCCUAUGAAAUAUCCAUUCCCAAGAGUGAGAUCACUCUAAGGUCUGUUGAUGGUGAUGAUGAGAACUCUGAUCUUCCCAGUGUCCUAGAGACAACUUGUAUAGAAACAACCAUUCUGUCCCGAAGCAGUUUGAACUUUCAGUCCCCAGAAAUCGGCUCUGAGCUUGACAACAGUGAGUCUGGCUUUGAGAGCAGUGGGAGUAUUUCUAUGACUACAGUCACUAACCGGAGAAACCACAAUAAUAACCACUGUUCAUCCCAGGAAGAUAGCUUACCAGAGAUGAGGAAUGUGACUGUUAGAAGUGCAUGGAGGAAUCGAGGGGCAGUAUCUGUGGACCAGCUUGGGCAGGGACCAAGACGUGAUGGUUUGGAGGCUGAAACAGAACCCAUCACAACAUGGAGAGCGUACAGAGCUACCACUGUCCUUGACACAGAGGAGAAUUUAACAUCUAAUGUCACUGCACGAAGUGGAAAGCCAAGCCCAGCAGAGAGGUAUAUGCGGAAGAUCAGUAGUGGAAAUCUUGGUAGAGAUUCUCUUGAGUUCCCACGCAGGAGCAAAUGUGUGUCCCCAGUUGAUAGCAGUCUUCAAAGGAUCAUUCCUCAUGAGCCUGUUUGUGCCCAGCAACUACAACCAAGAAUGCAAAAAGAACCUCCUCUGUUUAUCCAGGCUGUUGAGAGUGAGCCAUCAGUAAUCUCAUGGAGGAGGCAGUCAGCAGGUGAUGUAAACUCAUCUGAGCGGCUCAGAGGUCGAGGGGCGUGGACAGGCAAGUCUAGCGGCGGAGACGGGAGUCGCCCCUGGAGCAGCCGUCAUCAUGACAACUGACCCUGUGGUCCAUUGCUCUUCCACAGAGGUCCCGUGUGAGACGGCACCCCCGCGUUUUGGCUCCGCUGCAUCUCAAUCCUCAGACAUCUCCAAGCUGCACUUGAACUCCCUUAGCUCCUCCCACUCCUCCCCUGACCUGACCCUGGCCUUUUCCCACAGGUUCCAACUUGUGUGACUGCGACUGGAUGUGUGCUUGAAGCGAAGGAUGGGGAAAUGGAGUAAUUGGGGAAGUGCUGCUGAGAUUUUACAGUUUAGGAUGGAUCCCUGUAUAAUUUCUGCUAUGGAAGUGAUGUUGGACACCUGAGCUUUGGGACUGUGUUACAGCCAGGGGCAUCCUGUAUCUCAUAGAAUCUAUGCUUGCAAUCCCCCCCCCCCAAAAAAAAAAAACCAAUCUUGCACAACCCAGGAUCAUCAUGCAAACACACAGCAUUGCACAUGUUUAUAUAUCUAGCAGGAAAACGUGAAGAAUCUGUGUUCAUGCUCAGAAGUCGUCUCAUAUAUCCACACACAAACAUUUUUGUCUGCAUCAGUCCUUAAAGUGCCAGAGUGUCCCAUUUAAAAAAAAAAAGUUUCUUCAUUUUUGCGCACUUCUGUUUGUCCUCAUGCUGUCACUGGUUCUGAAAUUGCACAUCAGAUACAUGUAUGGGUAAGAAACUGGAUAGCUGGGUAGUUUGGAUGCUCAUAGUGAAACUUGUACACACACUUGCAUGCUUUUGCACAGACAGGAACAAGGCAUAAAGAGAAAGUGGAAUGGUGGUUUUAUUCCCAGUACACAGAGGCUGAAACCAAUUGAACCACUUUGCCCCCAUGGUGCAUUGCUGCAGGAAUGGGACAGCACUUCAGCAGUGUAAUGGAAAAAGCAGCAUCACAGUCUAUCUGCAUCUUCAUGUGCUACCUGCUGGCAUGAUGUCAAGCCCUGGGCUCUAAUUGGACAAGAAGUGUGUGCGAUAUUACAGCAGCUACUGUGACUGGACAGAGCAUGUACUCUGAAAAUGAGCACUGAUCAGGUUCAUUGUCUUCAUCUUCAGAUUUUUUUUUUUUGGUUAGCAUACCGAAAUGCUGUUAUAAACAUGCAUCUUAUAACCAAAUGUAAAAAAAAACAUGCCAGUUGUGGGUCCACUGUCCUCUAGUCCCUGAGAAGUCAAUCCAAAUUUCACUGGAUAAAUUAGAUCUGUCUAACAGUUUCUGCUCAAAAUGUCUCUGUACCAUCCUGUCUUGCUACGUGUAUACUACUUUUCUUUGUCGUGUCUCUAGGAGGAAGCCAAUUCAAGUCAUUAAUUGAUCAUGUGAUCAUGGCCAGUGUUUCCCAUUCCAACACCUUCCGCUUCUGCUGUCAUAUAGAUGGUCUUCAUCGAGACAUUUGGGCGCUUAUUGCACUUAAAGUUACAUUUCCAUUUUGUUGCUAAAAAUAUGCAGAAAGAAUGUUUUUAGAUGUUUUGCUUAGAUUGCAUUAACCACUAAAAUCGUAAGACAAAUAAUGUGAGAGAGAGAAUGUGCGAGCGCAGUGUUUGUUCUGGGAGAAACAGGUGCAACUCUCCAGCUUUUAAGAUAUUGUGCAUUAUGUUUCACUCUGCUGUGCCUCUGACCCCAAAAAAUGCUUAUUCCAAACCACGCUUUUAUGUAAAACACGUUUUCUGAAAUUCCCCAACGCUGACAUCAACUGACUCCACUUUGUGUUGGGGUUUUCUGGUUGCUGUGAGACAGUAGCACCCCCCCCCCCAAAAAAAAAAACCUGCAAACUCACAACAGAGUUCUGAAGGUCGUUUUUAUUGGCUGCCUAAAUGAUGGUGCCCCUGAACUGUGCCACAAUUUCCACAAGGGCAACACUGCAGCUAAUUGUGUCAUUUAAGGUGUAAGAAAUAUUUUUUGGGAAGGAGGCACUGUUCAGAAAGAGAGAUCAGGGCUACUUCAUCUGCAUGCAGGGACUUGUCAGGAUGUCGUGUCACCAUGGUUUGGAUUUGGCUAGGAUGAAGUGUGUUGACCAAAAUAGGAGAGUUUAAGAAAGGAGCUAUAUGAUGCUGAAGGUGGCUUUAAAACACUAUGUAGGGGACAUAAGUGCACUGCAGUAAUCAUUUAAAUCUGUCUUGGUGUCUUCAUAACUGUUCAGUGCUGUAGUAUUGGUGUGGUUUGGAAUUAAAGGUGUUUUUAAAGAGCUGGAGUAAAACUAUAUUCUAAUGCUGUAGCUGAUUAUCUCGUGUCUUUAUACAGAGCUAUAAGUGUUGUGUGUUCAAUGUGUUCAUUCAUUUCUUUUGUUUUAAAAUGAACAUGGGGAAAACAAGGGAACAACUUUUCAUAUUUUUGCACUAGAAUAAGAAAUUAGUUUCUGACCCCUCCCCCCCAAAAAAAUGUAUUUCUAAUUAAAACAGUUUAAAUAGUUUCUACUAAUUUAACUGCACAAAGUCUAGAAAUCACACAUGAAAAUAUAUAUAUAUAUAUAUAUAUAUACACACACAUAUAUAUAUAUAUACACACACACGCACCAGUGUGAAGAGAAGCAUCCUGGAAAUACCAGUAACACUAUUUCACAUGCAAUUUUCUAGUUAAGAUGUAAUACUUGGUUUUCUGCUUAACAUAAAAGAUAUGAUAAAAAUGGGAUCAACAUAUGCAGAAAUACAUUUGGGCUGAUUAAAAUAUUCUUAAAUUGCAGCAUGUGAAAGAUUUUUUUUUACCACCAUGUCAUUCUUCUUUACUGCUACCAUCUUGCUGUUUGUUUCUUUUAAAAAAGCAUUAUCCAUAUUAGCAGUACAUCAAGAAAUCUUUAACUUGCCCUUCUUGCCACACUAGUCUGAAUGACUAGUUACCCAGUCAUUCAGACCAUUCAAAUAAUGAGCCCCAUUAAAUGAAUCUGAAAUUGAGAAAUAGGAGCUUAUAGAAACAUUUCACUUUAAAGGCAAAAACCUUGGCAUUCAAAAUGGACAAAAAAAAAUUGAAACAAAAAAGGAAUAAAGACAGUACACAGACCAGUUGUGCUCAUCUCUCCAGUCUUCUCCAUUAGACUGUUCUGGAAACUGGAAGGUUUUUUUCUCUCUCUCUGUCAUUCUGCUACUCUAGUUUUCAAAGCAUGAAUAUUGAAAAGCAGAUCCUGUUGUAGCUUGUUGCAGAUAAUCACAUGCAAUUAUAUAAAGGAUUUAGCUGAAAGUAGCUCAUCAGACCAGAGACUAGCAACAGGUAAAUUUUCAUAGGGUUCCCCCCUCUCCAUUUUAUUUACCUUCUCCAGUCCAAUCUGAUAUGGCCUUUUUACAAAACAAAAUCAAGAAAUGAAAACAGAAUGGAGUGAAAAGCAUGCUUUUUUUCUCCAUUUUCUUUACCUCAAGUUCAAAACACAUCUCUAAUAUUCAAGAGCUGAUGUGAGGCACCACUGCAAAACAUAGCCAUGAACUAAUGCUUAUGAGCUAAAAUUUGGCCAUUUAGUCAUGUUCAUUAUUCAUCAGGGUCUUUUAAAAAUUUUUACGUAACUGGACCUUUGCACAUUUUGGUUGAAUAGCCCUGCUGUGCUUGUCUGUAUGCUCACUAUGAAUGUUGUACACUUCCAGACAUCCCAUUUUCAUGAUCAUGAACUGACUCCAGUUGAAACCAGUCCAUGAAAAAUCUACAGGCAUGAGCAAUAGGAAAUCCAGCCACAAUCAGCAACUGUGAAAUUACUGCUGUAGAGGUUUUUAAUAAAGUUCUUUUAAAAGCAUGCAGUGGAUCAAAAAUGUUCUAGGUCCUCUUUAUUUGAUGGGAAGAUGAUGAUGAAUUUAGUGGUGUUUGUGUAAUAUGAACAUAGCCUCUCAAGAGCUGUAAAGGUCAUGCUGAAAUACUCCAUUGUUUACAAUCUUUUUUUUUUUUAAGUCUGCCCCUAACCAGGCUCCAUUUGUUCUCUUCUCACUGGGGAAGAGAAAAGAAUUAAAAAAAAAAAAAAGACAUUACUGACUGGUUAUCAACAAAUGUUUCACCAUAAGGUGUGUGUAUAUAUAUAUAUGUUUUUUUUCCACCUCAAAAUGAAGUUAAUGCCUAAAAGUUCAGCCAUUUGGAGGAGAAACAAAAGUGCCAACUAUGUAACAUUUGUCAUUUACUUUGUGCCUUCAUCAUUCAUCAUGUGUGUUCAUUUUUUUUUAAAUCCUUUUUUUUUGGGGGGGGGGGGGGGGGGUAUGAGGUGCACAGGGCAAGAAUUUAAAGGGUAAAUACUGAAUUUUCCUUUCAUGGUCUACUAGGCCUUUGUCUACUAGUGUGGGUUUUUUGUUUUUUUUUCCUUUGUUUGCUUAUUUGUUUUUAAGGAAAAAAGAUCCUUGUUUGGAUUCUUGUAUUGGAAAAACAAUUAAAAUAUCUUGUCAUUUUGUAAAGUUGGCCUGUUGAUCUUUAAUUUUAUUCUCUUAAUUUUUCCACUUCUUUGUUUUAUUGUUCAUUGUGUGCUCCUGGAGAGUUUUUUUAUUUUUAUUAUUAUUGUCUUUUUUUCCCUGGAUGGUCUCACAUUGUUUAUGUAUCGAUGCCAGUAAUUAGUAAUGCAAAUCCACCAUUUUUUCAUAAUUCUAGAAUUAUAACAUGCAUACAUUAUAAAUCAUAGUGCUGAGAAACGUAUAAUGUAGGUAGAUUGGUUUCAGGUUUAGAACUGCUGUCCUCACUCUGACCUCCAUCCUCCCAAACUUUGAGUGUGAUCUUUACAAGUUGUCAAAGAUAGACAGGCCUAGACAGUCCUGGGCCUUAAAGACACACACACAUGCAUAUACACUUCUCAAAACUAAUGUGCAUGUAGUAUUAAUCCGACAAAAAAAAAAGUAGUAAAAAGUACGGUCUUGCGCAAACAGUUAUGGAUCCAUACAAUCAACUGAGGGAGGCUUUUAUUUUGUAUCUUUGCUAAAGCAGUGUUUCUAAGUGGCUUAGUCCUCAUGGUCAGAGGCAUGUGUGAGAGAGCAAGUGCACUCACAUGCGUGCACACACAUUUUAUUUAUAUAAUUUUUUUAAAAAACGUGCACACAAGCACACAGGGCAGGGCCUCUGCUGUUCCUAAUCUAUUUUAGUAUAAAUUGUUUUUGUGCAUGUUGCUAGAGAUCUCUCCUCAGGCUGCCGAUUCCACAGCAGAUUAUGUAUUCUAGUUAAGUAAUAAAACAUUUUUAACAUGAUCUAA